AUGUCGCUCGACGGUGAUCCCAAGUACGGAGGAGCAGGGUCAGCAGCAGCAGGAGAGCCGUCCGAAUGGAAGGAGAAACACGCGGACUAUUAUUCCAGCGAGCCUCCUGCAGACAAGUACCCGGAUAUCUACGGCAACGAACCUCCUGCCGACGACCAAGCGGAUUUGGGUGCGAGUGCCAUCUCAUUAGAGGGCACAGUGCAAGUGGUGAAGGAAAACAUGUGGUACAUAGGCGAUGCUGCGUUGAAAAGCGUUGCAGAGGUACUAUACGGGUUUGGAAUCAGUCCGACAAUACUCGGAUACACAGAGGAGGAGCUCCUAGAGGAGGACGAGGAGGAGGAGUAUGACAUUGCACAGCCGGCAGUGCAGCGGGAUGAGGUGGUGGCCAAGACGUCGUUUGCGAUGCGCAGUGAGGAGAACAUGCAGCGCCGCAAGACAGAGGAGGCCGCCCCGCCUGUGGAUGAGGCAGAAGAGGUUUACAUGGAUCAAGGGACCGAUGGCUGGGGAGGCGAGGAAGACUAUAUUGAGUUUGUGGAGGACAAAAAGGAUAAGUAA